AUGGCAGGGGCACCAGCCUUCGCAUUUGCGAACUUUGGUUCGUAUUUGCGAACCUGGUCCAUCGCAAAACCCAAGAUUCUGUCACAUUUGCGACAGCUGCAGGAUUUACUGAACUUCACAAUCAGAGGGCUUAAACGAGAGUGGAGGCAUUCCAAAAAGGGGAGCUCCAGCAAGCCAAAAGGUUAUGACCUAUGUCAUAAGUGUGGUAAGCCAGGACAUUUCAUCAAGGAUUGCCCUCUUCUAAAGCAAGAUAAGUACAAAAACAACAUUGACAAAGCAGCCAAGAGGAACCCGGUUCCUGAUAAACGCUUUAAGAGGAAAAAUGUCGCUGAUGAUGUUGUGAAGCAAGCUCUUGCUGCAUGGGGAGACUCUUCCAGCGAGUCUAAAGAAGAUGAUGAUCAAGGUAACAGCUCCAUGAUGGCAGCGGAAAACGAAGCAGCUGAGUAUGACUCCAUUUUUGCCUUGAUGGCACAGUCUGAUGAUGAUGGAGAUGACGACGAUGAUGAUGAGCCUAAAGCGCAAACUGAACUGGCUGACCCACGAAACCUGCACUAUGUCGCACCCUGCCUCCAGAAUAAGUGCCAGCAGAUCUCUCCGGUCUACGAGGCCUCCUCUCCUCCCCGUACUCUCUUUUUCUCCUGA